GAACAAGAGAGGGACUCCUGGGCCACCAAAAUGGUGGUGGUAGUGGUGGUGUGGAGCUGUCGCUGGAUUGGUGGUGGCGACGAUUGCUGAGAGAGGAGUUGGAGGGAAUGAUUAGUUGGAAAAAUCCAUAGAGCUUUUUGGCCUUGUGAGCAUGGAUGUGUGAGGUUGAAGAUGGCCGUUAAUUAAACUUAUAAGCAGAAUUGAGAGGCGCUGUUCGAGGCUAGUCUGGUGUGAAGGGAAGUCAGAGCUGGACAUGUCAUUUUGGGAAUGAGUGGCACAAGCCAUAAGUAGUGUUUAAAGCCCCAGACUUGAGCAGCUGUCCGAGCAAAUGAAAAAAGCCAUGGAAGAAGCCCUGCAACUGUGACCUAUGGGCUUGUAACAUUCGGGGCAUGAAAAGAAGGAGACCAAUGAAGACGAAGAAGGAGCAGUGAGGGAGGAGGAAAAGCCAGGUUUCCUAGAAGCCAAGUGAAGAGAAACAUCAGCACUGGGAUGGCCAUAGCCGGAAUAAUGUUAUUUCUAAGAAGUGUUCGACUGACAUCAAAAUUUAUAAGAUCUUCAGAUAUUCCAGCAGAAUUUAUAAGAAAGAAUGUUAAAUUACGAGGACGAUUACACCGGAUAACUGAGAAUGGUUUAGAAAUUGAACAUAUUCCCAUCACUUUACCUAUUAUAUCUUCAUGGAGAAAAGAGCCAUGUGGUGUUUUGCUGGUUAAGUUGGCUGGAGUAGAGCUCACUGAAGCUGGAAAGGUAUGGAUACAAAAAGAGCUCAAACCUUCCCAAGUACUAUGGUUCCAACUUCUUGGAAAGGAGAAUUCAGUGCUCUUUUGCUACCUUUUAGUGAAUAAGGGUGGAUAUUUUAGCGUGAAUCUGAAUGAAGAAAUCUUGCGAAGAGGCCUGGGCAAAACUGUUCUUGUUAAAGGGCUGAAUUAUAAUUCCAAAACUUACUGGACAAUUCACAGAAAAUUACUUAAAGCUGAAUUAACGGCUAUAAAAAAAGGAGACGGAAUAUGGAAGGAAGAAUCUGAAAAAGAAAGUUAUUUGAAAAAAUUCAAAGACUCCUGGAAAGAAAUAUGGAAAAAAGAAAGUUAUUUAAAAGCAACUGGAUCAGAUUUCAACUUGAAAAAAGGAAGUUAUUACGACAAAUUGAGAACUUAUGAAAUGUGGAAAGACAACAUGAGUAACUACUCCUUAAUACUGAAAUUCAGAGAAUUUAUGAGUUGCUUACAUUUUCGUAGGAAAGAGUGAUAUAUCCAAGAGAUCUAGAGGUGACUUCUCUGAAGAGUAAAAUACGUAAACAUAAAAACAUUUUUCACUGAGCCUGCAUGGAAAUUUCCACAAAUGAUCAAAGUUGAAUUCUAAUGGUAUUUAAACAUUAAAAAGAUUAUGUGUGUAAUACCAGAAGUAAUUUAAAUAAAUAAGUAAAGGUUGAUGUAAUAUGCUUUUAGGAACAAUGAAGUACUACAAAAAGUUACCAGAACUAGACUGGGUAGCCUGUAAUCCAAGCACUCUGGGAGGCUGAGGCAGGAGGAGCAAAGUUAGAUCCCAGCCUGGGCAAUUUAGAGAUUUAGUGAGACAUCUCAAAAUUUUAAAAAGGACUGGGAAUGUAGCUUAGUGUGAAGGCCCUAGGUUCAGUCCUCAGUUCUGCCCCCUCCCAUUAUCAGGCUGUAUAUAUGUUGUCAUACCAUUGUUUGAAGAGAAAAAUCCAAGCAUUGGCCAUUGUGUUAUGUUGAGCAGCUGUAUUUAAUUUUUGUUCAAAGAAAACUUUUCCAUCUUUAUCUACUUUCAUUAUUUAUAUAAUAAAGGACUUAUUUAUACUUUA